UCCUUCAGAAACUGUAGGUCAGAACCGUUUUUUUUUUCCUGCAUGACAAGGUUUCUGACUCAAGCCCCGGGCGACGUCACUGCAUGUGAGAUGAGUUCUGAGUCUCUUCCAGCACCAAAAAGAAAAAAAAAAGAAAAAAAAAGUCUCCAUCUGAGAGCAGGAAAAAGCUUGACGAGACGAUCACGAAAUGCCUUCGUCUACCUGUGUAGAUCGGGAUGAGCUCAGGAGCGCUCGCAACAGGGCGCGCGCGCACAGGUUCAGCACAUGGCACUCAGAUCAACACUCCUGCGCCUCACGAGAACAUCUAAACAGCUUACAUUCCGCGCGGAAACACUUUUUAAAACUUCUGGCAUUUUAGUAGUUCAGGAGGUUUGACUGCAUUCCACCAAUCUCGAGAUCUAAGUACGCUUUUGACUGGAUAUAUUUUUUUCCUCACUUGAGCUGGAUGAAGGUGUCCCAGGAGCAAGAAAGAAGAUGCUGACCACUUUACAAGCGGAUUUUGCGUUCUCUCUGUGUGGAAGUGUAUUGGUAUCAUUCAAGGGUGCUGAAUCGCCUUAGAAAUUGUCAAACUUCCGAGCCUCUUUCAUCACUGAACUGGCAUCAGACCUACAUUAUUGUUCUUCGAGGGGCAUCAGACCAUGACGAUUCCACUUUCCAGAACGCAGCUUGCCCUCUUCUUCAUCCUCCUUUGUCCGGUCAACAUAAUCGGGCUCUGGUGGGCAGUGGGGAGUCCCUUGGUCAUGGACCCGAAUAGCAUUUGCAGGAAGACCAAACGUCUGGCGGGCAAGCAGGCCGAACUCUGCCAGACCCAGCCGGAGAUUGUUAACGAAGUCGCCAAGGGUGCCAAGCUGGGCGUACGGGAAUGUCAGUACCAGUUUCGCUUUCGACGCUGGAACUGUACCAGCCAGAACAAGUACUUUGGCAAAAUUCUUCAACAAGACAUCCGCGAGACGGCGUUUGUGUAUGCCAUCACAGCAGCAGGAGUAACACAUGCAGUGACGCAGGCCUGCAGUAUGGGGGAGCUUCUGCAGUGUGGCUGCGAGGCCACACGGAGCAGAGGACCACCGCCGCGACUGGCCAGCAUGGGGCCUACUGAGGGGGUCAAGUGGGAGUGGGGCGGCUGUGGGGACGACGUGGAGUUCGGCUAUGAGAAGUCCAAGCAGUUCAUGGAUGCCAGACGGAGGAAGGGCAAGAGUGACAUACGUACACUAAUAGAUCUACACAAUAACGAGGCUGGACGACUGGCGGUGAAGAAUUAUAUGAGGACUGAAUGUAAAUGUCACGGACUGUCUGGCUCAUGCACUCUGAGGACCUGCUGGAAGAAAAUGCCUCACUUCCGCGAGGUGGGCGACCGGCUGUUGGAGCGCUUCAACGGGGCAUCCAAAGUCAUGGGUGGGAAUGACGGAAAGACUCUCAUCCCGGUCGGGCAGAACAUCAAACCUCCGGACAAGCAAGAUCUCAUUUACUCGGCCGAGUCACCAGACUUCUGCUUGCCCAACCGGAAGACGGGUUCCUUGGGCACACGCGGGAGGACGUGCAACAGCACGGCGCUGGACGUCAGCGGAUGUGACCUUCUGUGUUGCGAACGAGGUCACCGGGACGAGACGGUGGUCCUGGAGGAAAACUGUCUCUGCCGGUUCCACUGGUGCUGUGUUGUCCAGUGUAAAAAGUGCUUGGUCAGGAAGGAACUGAGUUUGUGUCAGUAAUCCAGACGCUUGCCGAUUCCGAAAAAAAAAAAAAAA